UUAAUCUUCACGUGCUCUCUCUGCCUCUCUCUACCCAUAGUAAUAAAUAAAUAUAUAAUAAUCAAAAAAAAUAUUUUUUUUAUACUUUUUUCUCUGCAAAUCUUAUCCAUCCCAUUCACUGCUCUGUUACCUCUUUUUUGUUCCUUUUUAAUGUCUUUUUGGGGGUCAGUGAGGUCGUUAUAGAAAGGUUUUAUCUAUCAAAGGGGACUACAUACAGUUUUGUUCGUUGGUUGACAAAGAAAGGUUUUUUACAAAUAAUAAUAAUACUAACAGCUACGAUGGAAAACAAGAAGCAUGGUGUUGGAAGCAGUGCUUCUUCUUUGGAUCAUCUUUUUGGUCCUAAAGACUCUUCUUCUUCUUCAUCUUCAUCAUCAUCAAGCGUUUUUGGGUCUAUUUUCUCUCCUCCAUCAUCAUCAACGGGCCUGAGAAGGGACUCUGCAGGAAUUAUGGGAAACCAAACUGGGAAUAUCAAAUAUGGAAAUCCAGAUAACACAGCUCAAAGCAACAAAGGUGGCAUAAGUGGAAAAGAUACCAGUUCUUCUGUUUAUCAAAAUGAAACAGCAGAACCUUGUUAUUUCAGCUCAUCAAUUUACUAUGGUGGCCAAGAAAAUUAUUCUCCGAGGACCAACAAUCCAGAAUCUCAUCAUUCUUUCAAAAAAGAAGAUAAAAAUGAUGAUCCCAAUGGCAACAAUGCAAAUAGUGCUUCAAGAGGGAACUGGUGGCAGGGUUCACUCUAUUACUAAUCCUAGCUUUAUAAAAUGCAAAUUAAGCAUCUAUAAGCUAAGGAAUGAUGGCUAUUAUGAUCUACAACCUUCAUAUACACUAUGGAAAUAUAAUAAGAUGAUAUAUAUAUAUAUGUAUAUGUAUAAAGAAAGAUAAUAUUAUUAUGUUAUAGUAGGAGUUGGAGCAUUAUGUGGUAGUGGUGUUGGGUUCUUUUUGUCCCAGCUAGACUCUUACACAUGAUCUGUAUGUUGUUGUAGGACUUUGAUGCCUUCCUUCUUGCAUACUACAUAGUUUCUUUUCCUUAGCUAACCUAAUCCAAUCCUCCAUGUAGUUCAAGAAAGAUUUCUGGGUUUUCAAUCUUGAAUAUAUUGUAUCUAUUAAUAUUCUAACCCUCUCUCAAUUUAAAUUAUAAGUCUAUUCGACAACUGCGAUUUAUUUUAUUUGAAAAACUCUAAAAACUAGAAGUACUUAAUAGUUGUUUUCAUAAAUCGCUAAAAGCAAAAUAUAGUACUUAUUAGCUGUUUGAAUAACUUUUCACAGCUAAUAGUAAUAACUUUUCAUAAAAUAUUAAAAAGCUAAACAUAGUAGAAAUUAUCAUUUUAUAAAAUAGCCCUGGCUGUCGUGGAACACAGCUUGCAAGAUGGAUCUAACAUUACAGAUUAACUUUAAGCACAAAAUAAAACAAGAAAAAAAGGGAAGAGGGGGGGGGGGGGGGGGGGGGGGAAAA